UUUUUGACGACGUCACACACAGGCGACCCAAACAAACCUUCGUACGUUAAUGUUGCUGCUAGCCGCGAACGGCUGCGUACCGAGGGUCGCUGUAGGUUUCUGAGGGGGACAAUGAUUUCACUGAGCUAUAUUCUGCUGUGUGGACAGUUCCUGCUGCUCCUGACGGUGGUUCUGUUACAAUGUCUGGAAGGAAUUCACUCCCAAAACUCGACGACGACGGAGACUCCUGCCUCUUCCUCCCCCCCUCCUCCUCCUCCUCCUCCUCCUCCUCCUGGCCAGGGAGCCACAGCGCUGCCGUCCAGCGAGCAGCCCGAAACGGUGAAAUAUGUGGAGAGUACGAAUCACACAGAGCCGUAUGAGUACCGGCCGCCGUCACCGGUGGUCCUCUGCAGCUAUCUGCCGGAGGAGUUCAUCUACUGUCAAGACCCUGUAGAUCACGCAGGCAACCACAGUGCCCAUCAGGAGCUGGGCCACGGCUGUGUUGGGUGGGGUGGCCAGACUCGAAAAGAUGCGAACUACACCCAGGUUAUGUGCACUGCACUUGAUGAAAUAGAGUGUGCCGGACCCAGAGAAUUCCUCAGAGGACACGUACCGUGCAUCAAAUACACCGGGCACUAUUUCAUCACCACGCUGCUGUACUCCUUUUUUCUGGGUUGCUUUGGGGUCGAUCGGUUCUGCCUGGGCCACACUGGCACCGCUGUCGGGAAGCUGCUCACCCUGGGAGGCCUGGGAAUCUGGUGGUUUGUGGACUUGAUCCUGCUCAUCACUGGUGGCCUGAUGCCCAGCGAUUACAGCAACUGGUGCACCUACUACUGAGAGCGACAGCAGAGUGUGACUGAGGACUCUGGCCACUUCUCAGUCAGAUAUCAUCAGUUAAAUAUUGAGAACUCCGGGGAAUUGUCCUCAGCCUGCCGUGGAUAUGAAUCUGUGAGCUGGCUUGUUCUAAGGGGAUUUACAGCUCUGCUGUGCAAAGUGGAGUCCAGGGACCUCCUGAGGACUCCUACUGGGUUCUCAGGGCUCCUAAUUUGAUUUUAUUCGAAUAUAAUUCACUUGAAAUUUCCCACUUUAAGAAUGCAGAAGAAUGACUAUUGUACUCACAGUGAUGGCAAGGUCACUUUUCUCACCUGUAGUUCAGUUCAUGUGGUCGGACGCAAGCACAACACUCCUGAUUUAAUCGAUGUACUGGGGACUGCACUCAUACGGUGGUAUGUUACCACGGUUACCAAAUCAUUUGCAAAAAUACAUACAUUGCUUGAUUGCUUCCUUGCCUGUGGACGAUCAGUAGAUGGGUUCAGUAUUAGUCUAGAUUUCUGCUAGAGUCACACACUACCAACCAUCAUAAAACCCAGCGGUUGGUCGUUAGGCUUCACAACAAGCUGGACUAGUAGAGGCUAACCUCCUCAUCACUCGAGAGUCCACAGGGAAGUGUGAGCAUGGUACAAAACACCCUCUUUCUCUCCCUUUCUACUUGUUUGUCACUAUGUGAUAUCCAAGGUCCAGUGUCUGUUCUAGUAACAGUCAUCAGUUAUUUCUGUAGGAGCUCUUUGUGACACUGGAGGAGAACAUAAAUAAACACACAGGGCUCAGUAAAGCUCAACAAGACUGCCGUCAUUUUUAAACAUUGAUUUUCCCCAUGAUGGUCCAUAUAACAAUAAUGACACAGGAUGUGUCCAAUCAGUGAGCCUACAGCUUUUGCUUUUUUUGGGAUUAUCACUGACUACCUUUACGGGCACAAAAUAUUCCCUUUGACCUUAUUCUGAAAAAGACAAUGUUCCCACUAGCGAUGCACAGUAUGGAUUUCUUUUCAGCUGAUACAAUAACCGAUAAUUACCUG